AGAAGAAUGCAGGGAACAAAGCAAACGAGAAAGACGACCGCAGUGAAGACGAAGAUGAAGACAACCUCAGCGAAUACGAAGAAAUGUAACUUAGUACUGUAUUCUCCACAGAUUCAAAAGAUAAACGAGGAACAGAAGAAACAAAUCCGCAAAACUGAACGCGCUCUUAAAGUUGCCGAGGAAGAAAUGUUGAAGGCAAAGCUAGAGGCAACUUUCAGAGCAAAAGAGCUGAGUGAGACUCAUGGUGCUUGGCUUCCGCCUUGGCUUGCUGUACACUAUCUCCGUAGUAAGUCUGUGGUUGAGACUCAUUGGAAUGAACAUGGGAAGCCUCUAUUGGAAGUGAUAACGCAAAAGGCUCUAGAGAAAAAGGCACAAGCUGGAAAGUGGGCUGAACCUCAUUUGGAAACAGUUAAAACUAAAUGGAUCCCAGUUGUGAAUGAACAUUGGUCUGUGGUGAAAACAAAGGUUGAACCUCAUGUUCAACUACUGACUACAAAGACUGUUGAAGUUUACAAGUCCUCAAAGGAUGCACUUACUCCCCACUUAAGCUGAACUGUAUGGUUUGUUUG